AUGGGCCGCAAGCCAAACAAGCUUAUCACCGAGUUCUUUCGCCGUGGUGAAAAGCUACCGGACUCCAGCAACAGAUAUGAGCACACAUGCAGGCUCUGCGGGGAGAAGUUCUUGAAAGGCCGCCCGGAUACUCUAAUUAACCAUAUCACGAAGAUAUGCCCGGCAAUUUCCACUGCGGACAGAGAUCGGGUGGUCUACAUAUCUGGUACGGCCACGAACCGAUAUCGAGAGAAAGACAUUGUACGACAAGGCCUGCCAGUUUCAGAUUCUAAUGGCGCGAAAAUGGCAGAUUCGCCUCGUGGGAAACGCGCUGCCGACUUCCAGAAUGGCCCUAGCUUAAAUGGCCUCAAUGUGCUUGCCGAGGCUUCAAGGAGAGUCGGAGCUUCGAAUGAAGGGCACCUACAGGAUCGCAUAUUCGAGCUUAAUACUUCAGAUCGUGAUGUGGUCGUUGAUCCUGCUCUCGAUAAUUCAACGAAAUUCAACCUUGACGCUAGUUCGCCUCUUCCAAUGCCUGCUGUACAUGCUUUGUUGCCGGUCGACUCACAUCCAGACCAGCAGUCGUCACAGCUUUCUCUGAUUGCAGCCUCUGCAAACGAGAUCGUCACCGAAGAUACUGCUGGCUCCCUGGAAUCAGCGGCCAUAUGCCAAAAGUCUGAUGCAUGGCAUCUUCCGUCCCACACGACGCAGCAUCAAUCUACGUUGGGCAUCGCUCCGCCCAUUGAACUUCCAACUGCGGACGAGAUGAUGAUCCAGAAUCAUAUUUCUUCUGAAUUGAAUCUUCCCUCUAACUCUCAUGAACGGCCCGGGAUUUACCUUCGGCCCCUUGCAACGAACCCUGAAAUUCAACAGCCUAAUGGUGAUUUUUUUUGUGAGGUGGUGGACAACAAAAAGUCUAAUAAGAAGCGGUCAACCUUCUCAGAAGAGAGGAGGAAGGAAGUCCGAGUGGUCCGGAAGAUGGGAGCCUGUCUUCGAUGCCGGAUGCUUAAGAAAACUUGCUCAGCUGGGACGCCUUGUGGUCAGUGCCGGAAUCUUCAGAACCCGCGUGUCUGGAUGGAAUGCUGCAUCAGAGCCCGCCUUAUGAAUCAGCUGGAAUCCUAUUCAAUUGGAUUACAUUCGACAAUGGCUUACCACGAUAUUCAAAGUAUCAAGGGUGAGAUACAGUUUGAACCUUCAGCUGGCCGUAUUGAGGUUAUGCACUUUGAACUUGACUCGCUAAGCUUCCUUACAUUUUCUGCCCUAUACGGUCAAAGGCAAGCCGGUCAGACAAUUGAUUCUCAGAUAUCUACCUCUUCCACUGAUUCUAUACUUGAUGGGUCACUGCAUUACGUGCAUAUCUUGGAUGGUGAGAUGGAAGAGCUGAGUGCUAAGCUUGACAUGUAUAUCAAGAAAACAUCCAAUUUGUUUAUUGAAAGUGAACAAUCUGAUUUUAUCAGACAAACGCUUCUUCUGGCGUUAGAACUCGCUAAACAGUAUGAGGACGAAAUGCUAGAUGCUGCAUUGGAGUUAUGGGUAGCUACUGCUAUACUGGUAGAUCCAUUCCUCAAAUGGACCGUCUAUAUCAAUCCGACUUUGCCUCCACUGGCAAACCGGCCACUCACGUCUACUUCAAACGAGUCGAGGAUCCCGAUAAACAGCAUGAAUCAGUUAGAAUCCUACUCAUUAAUAUGCACACAAUUACGGUCUGCUGUUGAGAAGAGAGCAGCAAGAGUGUGCAGGAUACUGCUUAGUAAAUUUGAGCAACGGCUGCUUCAGAAACAGCGUAUCGGCAGUUUUCGAACCUUCCUGGCCACUAUCAUCUUACUCAACUGCGGUGAAAGAAUGGAAUGGCUAUUCCGGUCGUGGGAAUGCGAGCAUUACAUUCAACGAUGGCCCUUGGAACGACAGCCUUCUUACUUUGCUUCCCAGAUCGAAACGUUCGCUGGCGUGGUCUCCCAGCACCUAAAGAUGAGAUCAUUAGCCCCUGCGUUUGUUAUUAUGCCUACGGGUGCUGUCAAAGCUAGAGAUGCAAGCGAUAACGAUGUUUGUCGAUGGUUCAACGCUGUUAGUAUUGAUUAUCAAUACUUGCAUGCCCGCCAAACAGCGGAGUUCGAUGCAAAUGAUUCCCGUUCGCUUGACCUUAAAUACUCGUCCAUGGUAGUUCUUUCUGCCAGAUGUUCGAGAGAUUGA